UUUGCUUUGUCGACGAACAAAAAGAAUCCAAUUUGAUAAAAGUAAAGAAUUUUCAAUUGAUACAAACAACAAUAAAUACCCAUCAAAAUCCAAUUAUAAUCCGAAAUUUAGAGUUUUGUUGAUUAUAAUUGUAAAAUAGUUAUUUAAAUGGGUUCAACAUCCCUAAUGCCGCAGCAAAAUAUAUCAAACUAGGACGUAACCCGCGACGUGCUUUUGAUGAACACAUACUCACUCGCUACUCGUCAAACUCCAGCAAUCUGAGCAAAGCGCCAUCAAGCGCAGUGCUGGACGCAUUCUGACAUGUCCUCGCAUAAUGGCGCUAGGAACGAGGAUGCAUACCGUCCUCUGCCUUCGGCAGUCGGCGUGGAUGUCGCACCACAAGUGCUAGCACAACGUAUGAACGCCGCUGGUCCACCGCCGCAAACACUUCUGAUGGGCUCACCUUUUAUGGCAUCGCAAGCACAUCCUCGGCAUCAACAACAGCAUCAGCAGCCGCAACAUUACAAUGAAUACUUCUACAAUUUGUACGCAACUCAGCCAGGUCAACCAGAGACAUAUUCAGUGCUACCAGUUGGACAUGGAAAUUUUUUGAAAGUUUAUCACUGCCAAGAAAAUGCUGCAGCCGCUGGUUUGCCCACAGAGAGCAAUGCAGUAUAUCAUGCUGGGCCGCAACCUCCGCCGCCUUCACAUCAAUUUCAGCACCAGGCGCAGGCAGCGUUUCAUAUGCGGCAAACACAGUCGCAGCCACCACCACCGCAGUUCUUCAACAGCUAUGAGCUGUUCUCUAGCAAUACUUUGAUGCCAACCCCAGAUAACCAAACAACUCUGGGGCGAACCGAAAUUAAAGCAACAACAAUGCAAGUAUCACAGCAGGCUCCUAUUUUUAUGCUGAACAACCAUGACGAACCCAUCUUACCACAAACUGCUGGUACAUCAACCACAAAUAUGAUUAUUAAUAAACUGGUCAAUAAUUGGUCACCCAAAGUGACUGAUGCACCAAUCCAACAAAUACCAAUGCAAUCUGCCCCAACGCUGUUGAGCCCGGAAACAUCUAAUGCUGUUAAAGACGCUGAAAUUGCCAAAGUUGGAUGUUCGCAAAAUUCAACUAACGAUUCUGAAUUUGCUGAAGAACCAAUGCCACUUUCCGUCACAACUACAACAAUUUUAUCCAAACCUAUGCCAGUAUUGCCUGUAACUCAAGUGCCGCCCAUUGAUAUGCCAUCAACUGAAAAUCAUAAUAAAUCCAAAGAGGCAGCGAUCGAAGUCGCAAAUACAUCAUCUGGUGCUACAAUAACAGCACCAACAGCAAUGCCCCAUAUUAAUAACGCGCCUGAAGUGAAGAAACGAAUUGUGGCUGAGGUAAAGCCAAUGCGAAUGUCCUAUUCAGACGUUUUGAGCAAAUUAAACAAUCAACAAUCAACUUCCACCCAAUCGCACAACAAUAAUAAGCAUUCGUUGGGGAAGAACGGAAAAUCGGGUUCUGAGAGGAAAGCUGAAAAUAGGGGAGGUGUGGAAAACGGUUCUGGAGGGAGUGGUACGGGGCGAAGACCAUUGAGUGUUGGUGAUGAUAUCAGUCAAGGGCGAUCAAGUAAAAAAUCUCCGACACAUGAUAACAAAGAAAAUCAACAGCAAUCGUUGAACGGAAGUAACGCUAAAAACAACAGACGUUCAAACAACAACUGCAAUGGCGCUGUAAUUUCCAACAUGAAUCCCAGCAGCAGUAUCCCACAGAAACAGGGACAUAAAAUCCACCAGAGACCAAUAGUUGCAGAAAGCAGCGCUCCGAAUGGCAUUAACGGUGUUAAUAAAAUCAACAACAACACCAUAAAUGGUAAAAAGCGCCUAAACAAUAAACGCAACGAUACAGAUGCAAACAAAGGGGAGUCAAAUGUAACAAAAACUCAAAAAAUAAAUGACGCAAAUUUGGAAAAAGAUUUCAAUGCUUACUACAACGUUACAGCAAAAAAUAAUGAUACAACGGAACGUGCAUCCAGAGCAACUAAUAAUGGUUUCGUUUCAGCAUCCAACAAUACUAAUACAUCAACAGCAACUACACGGAAAUCAAACAAAUUCUCAUCAUCGUUUUAUAGCACCUCUAACUCUUCAUCUUUCAACACGAAUCAGUCACGCGCACGGUAUAGUAAUGCCAACUCGAAUUCCUCCUAUUCGUACUCGUCGAAACGUAGCCGAAAUACUAACUCCUAUAGCAAUACCUCGGCUGGGACAUCGAAUAAAAACUACGAGUUAGCUAAAAAGUUUCUACGGGCAUGGCUGGAAUACACCAUAAUGAUACUGACCUGGCUCUUCUAUUUGAUAUAUGAUAUUGUGGUGCUCGGCUUUAGUGUGGCGUACGAUCGUCUGGUACAUGCUUGUGAAUGUGGAAUUGUGUACGCGAAGCAAUUGCGCCAGGACUUUAAGCAGAACUCAAACAAACCGAGUAUUUGGCUUAAAAACCAUCUGCGACUAUUUGACGCGCGUUUUAAAAAGAAUUCGCAAUGGGCUUUUUGGCGUCGCUUCUAUCAAAAGAAGCCACCUGAGCCAACUGCAGAUAAUAUGAAAAGUGGACGACUGCCGCAAACGGGUGAGGAAGCCAUGUAUUCGCUACUUAAUUGUAAGGGCAAGGAUGCUUACAGCAUAUUGGGAGUACCGCCUGAUUGUUCACAGGAACAGAUACGCAAACACUAUAAGAAAAUCGCUGUUUUAGUGCAUCCAGACAAGAAUAAGCAAGCAGGGGCCGAAGAAGCUUUUAAAGUGCUUCAACGAGCCUUUGAAUUGAUUGGGGAACCGGAAAAACGUCUUGCCUAUGAUCAGAGUCUAGCUGAAGCUUUACACGCCGAAAAGGCGUGGACUGAGCUGCACGAUUUGCUAUCGCAACUGCAAACAAAAAUAACCGAAGCUGCAAAUACAAUAAGGUGUAGUACUUGUGGUCUGAGGCACCCCCGGCGGCUAACGGAUCGACCGCACUAUGCAGCGAGAGAAUGCGCUUCGUGCAAAAUUCGUCAUUCAGCCAGGGAAGGUGAUAUUUGGGCUGAAACCAGCAUAUUGGGUUUGCGUUGGAGAUAUUUAGCACUAAUGGAAGGGAAGGUCUAUGACAUUACCGAAUGGGCUAACUGUCAAAAGGGUGCCCUUUCUCAUUUGGAACCGAAUUCUCAUAUGGUGCAAUAUCGCAUUGUGCGUGGCGCACAACAACAGCAGCAGCAGCAACAACAACAACAACAACAAUCGCAGCAACAGCCUUCCUCCACUAAUCCACAUCAUUCACCACAUCACCAGAAUCCUCAACAGCCAUAUACGCAGCAGCCUGGGUCACAACAUGAAAGAACCGGCAAUGGAAAAUUUAGGCGCAAUGUGCCGCCAAGCGAAGCAUCGUUACAUGAGUUCCUCGAUAAUUUGUAUAGCGGUCAACAUCCCAAUCCGGCAAAUGCGUCAGCGGCUUAUUCAAACGCUUCACGUAGACGUGCACGCCGCAAUUAAUUCAAUGUCCCAUGGAGUAGUUGACAACGCUGUCUAUUUUAAACUCUGAAAUUAUUUUCUCUUCAAUUGUACAAGUUUUUAUUAAUUCAUUUGUUUUUACAAAACAAUAAUUUUAAAUUUAAUUAUGCUUUAUUGCAUUACAUAUAUGACCAUAGAAUAUUCUACAUUAUUAUUCUCCUUUAAAUUGUAUCGCAUAUCUAUGCCACAGUAUGCAAGUUGAGUAGAUAAAAAUGCAGGCACUCCUGUAUAAAAUUUGUCAUUUACAAUUUAUGUACACACGUUGUCCAUUUGAUGGCACCGUAAUUGCAAUUUUUGCAAAUUACAUAUUUAUUUGAUGUACUCGUCUCGAUUAAACGCCAUUUCUACCAAAUAGCAAGCAAAAGUAUCUUCUACAAGAGAAGCAAAAACUACAAAAAAAUAUUUCACUAAUAUUUAACGAAAUUAACUUCAAGGCAGAACUAGGAAAAAAUAAUCUGGCGUAUAAAAAUAAUUUCACAUUGCAACACAUUAAUGAAUGAAUGUUCUUUACUAUAUAUUGUAAUUAAGUGCAUUUGAUGUAUCAAUAACUAAACAUUAAAUAAACACAACAUGCGCGAAAUGCAUAAGUUGCCAGCAUGAAAGCAAA